GACAGCCCUGCCGGGCCAAGGUCCCCGCAGACGGUCCGUCGCCCAUGGCAACCCGAGAAGCCGCGGCGGGGCCCGGGGCGGGUCAGGGUCAGGGUCCAAGGGCCGCCCCAGCGCCAUGGCCGCGGAAGUUGUGGUGGUGGGAUCCUGUAUGACCGACCUGGUCAGCCUUACUACGCGAUUGCCAAAAGCUGGAGAAACUAUCCUUGGACAUAAGUUCUUUGUUGGUUUUGGUGGGAAAGGAGCCAACCAGUGUGUCCAGUCUGCUCGACUUGGGGCCAAGACCUCGCUGAUCUGCAAGGUUGGGAAUGAUUCCUUUGGCAAUGAUUAUGUUGAUAAUUUGAAGAAGAAUGGUAUUUCUACAGCAUUUGUAGGUCAAACUACAGAUGCUGCUACUGGAACUGCUUCAAUAAUUGUCAACAGUGAAGGACAGAAUGUUAUUGUCAUAGUCCCAGGAGCCAACCUGCUUUUAAAUUUUGAAGACCUGAAGAGGGCUUCUGAUGUCAUCUGUAAAGCCAAAGUGGUUGUUUGCCAGCUAGAAAUAACUCCUGCUGUUUCUCUUGAAGCUCUGAAAAUGGCACAUGCCAGUGGAGUAAAGACUUUAUUUAAUCCAGCUCCAGCCCUUGCUGACCUAGAUCCAGAGUUUUAUACCUGUUCUGAUAUCUUCUGCUGCAAUGAAACUGAGGCAGAAAUUUUAACGGGCAUCUCUGUUGGCAAUCUUGAAGAUGCUGCAAAGGUGGGAUGCAUGCUGUUAGAAAGAGGGUGUAAGCUCGUAAUUGUUACUCUUGGAGCAGAAGGCUGCAUGAUGAUAUCAGGAGACGAACCCAUUCCAAAGCACGUUCCUGCUGGGAAGGUCAGGGCUGUGGACACUACGGGCGCUGGAGACAGUUUUGUGGGAGCACUGGCCUUCUACCUGGCCUACUAUCCCAAGUUAUCCAUGGAGGAAAUGAUCAGGAAGUCUAACUGCGUCGCCUCAGUGAGCGUCCAGGCAGCGGGGACGCAAUCUUCAUAUCCUUACAGGAAGGACUUGCCUCAGGACCUUUUCUAAUUGAUUGUCUAGCUCGCUGUACUGAUUUUAUCUUAUACCAGGCAGCAUUAUUCUCCUGGCUGCGCUGAGGUUCUCCUCUGCUGACUGGAAAGGCCAGGAGAGUCUCUUUGCUUAUUUCAGGAAUCCCGUGUGUUCCUGUUCUGCAGCAGUAAGAUGGGGUGGGGGUGGUGGGUCUUUCAAACACAGCACAGCAGGUCUCUCUGGCCCCACACAACCCUGUGGCCGUCCCACACACUGCGCUCUACUGAAUGAACUACAUGAGGUUUACAGCAAAACACCUGGAGGGUUAUUGGGCUCCUGGCAGUAUUUUCACUUGAUUUUAUCAGAACUUCUGAUGUGAAAUGGCACCACAUGAAGCAGAGAAUUAGCUUUGAGACUGCAGCUUCGGUGCUCAAACACCAGGGCCAGUGUUUGGCUCACAACCAAAGCCCUGUACAUGGAGCCUGGGGUGCCUGUGCCCACCGCACUCUGUGCUUCCAAUGCAAAUAUGACAGGAUGCUACUGAGGUAGACUUGGAAAAACGUUUCUAGCCACAUUGCUCUAAAUACAGGUGAGCUAAUUAAGGAAAAAAAACUUACAAGAACAUCAGAGAACAACUACAUUGUUUGUUUUCUUCAUGUUCGACAAAAGCCCAUCCUAACCCAGCUGCAAAUAAUAACAGGCCUUUAACCAUGUUAAUAGCUUAUCCAAAAACCCAUCUAGGUUCCCGUUCCUUCUCUCCUCAGAAGGAGCUGCUGCAACAUUACCCCUCCAAGUAGUGACACCAGCUCGUGGUCACUACUGUCGCAUCUGUGGCUGGUAGGUUAGAAAAACUUGCAAUCCUGCCUUUGAAUUCCUGCUGUGGAAAAUAUUAAUUUUUAUUGCUUUAUAAAACAAUAGUUCCUUUGAAGAUUGCAACCUCUUUCACAAUAGCAAACACAGACAAUGGGAUUUUCUGUUUAAUUUUUUUUUAAUUGAGCACUGUAAAAAUAACUCAAAAGAUAAAUAAAUGUUACUGUGAUGAUCUA